AUGAGUGUCAACAGCAGCACACUGGGUCAGCUCCUCUGGCGGGGUCCUGUGUGCAGUAGCUGGAAGCAGAGUAUGGAAGGUUCUGUCUACCACCUGGCUAACUGCUUCUUGCUCAUGGGCUUUAUGGCAGGCAGUGGAGUGUAUGGAUGCUUCUAUCUUUUCGGCAUCCUGGGUCCAGGCUACCUCUGCUAUGUGCUGUGGGGCUGGUUUGAUGCCUGCGGGCUAGACAUCGUCCUCUGGAACGUCCUGCUGACCGCGGCUUGCCUGCUUCAGCUGGCACAUCUAGUCUAUCGCCUUCGGGUGAAUACCCUCCCGGAGGAGUUCAAUCUCCUCUACAAGACUCUGUGCCUGCCCCUGCAGGUGCCCCUGCAGGUCUACAAGGAAAUUGUCCACUGCUGCCAAGAGCAGGUCUUGACACUAGCCACAGAGCAGACCUAUGCCGUGGAGGGUGAGACACCCAUCAACCGCUUGUCCCUGCUCCUCUCUGGCCGGGUUCGAGUGAGCCAGGAUGGGCAGUUUCUACACUACAUCUUUCCCUACCAGUUCAUGGACUCUCCCGAGUGGGAAUCACUGCCGCCUUCUGAGGAGGGGACCUUCCAGGUCACACUGACUGCUGAGACUGAAUGCAGCUACAUUUCCUGGCCCCGGAAAAAUCUCCACCUUCUUCUGAGCAGAGAGCGAUACAUCUCCCGCCUCUUCUCAGCCCUGCUGGGCUAUGACAUCUCCGAGAAGCUGUACACUCUCAAUGACAAACUAUUUGCUAAGUUUGGGCUGCGUUUCGACAUCCGUCUCCCCAGCCUCUAUCACGUGCUGGGGUCCUCCGCCUCAGAUGGAGGACCCGAGUCUGAGAAGGAUGAUGAAGAAGUCUUUGAGGCAGCUGUGUCCUCUGCCCAGGCCAGGCCCAUCUGUAUCCUGCCAAUGCCCCCCUGCUCCCCAACUCCAGCUACCACCAACUUCCCUGCGCCUCUGCCCCGGGCCAGGAUGUCCAGACCUGACAGUGGCACCCUGGCUUCCAGAACUCCUCUCCAGAACUCGUCUCGGGUUAUGUCCAGAGCACAGGCCCCUUUGGCUCCAACCCACACCCCUGAGCUUUGAGGAUUACAGAGCCAUUGUCUCUGUGGCUAGAUGGCUCUCUUCCAUGCACCCUGGAUGGCCCCUUAGACUCACACCCCUCCUCUCAUCCAUCAGAAAGAUCUAGGGCAAGAUGGGGCAUGGGCAUGCCAUGCCAGCACCACAACUGCCCCAAGGAUGACAUGGAGAAACGUACCUUCAUAAACCUUCCUCCCAGGAGGAGGGUCCAGAGGCAUCAGGCCUGACUCCAUCUUUUAUGGGUUGUGGGACCUUGACUAGUUACAUGGCCUCUGAGCCUGGUCUGUCAAGUGGGGCUAUGAACUCACCUCACUGCAUUGUUGUGAGGAUCCAGUGAGCUGACUGGAUAGAGCACCUAUGACGUGGCACGGCCUUGAGGGUGCAUUCACUAAAUCACUCCACGCCUUUCCCGGUGUUGUGGCUUUCAAUUGUCUGAAAGGAUCCAAUGACUUUUCCCUGUGAUUAUUUUUUGUCCCCAAAUAAGUUUCUAUUGACAUAGAAAAUUUUAAAUCCUGCCGGGCAGUGGUGGCACAUGCCUUUAGUCCCAGCACUUGGGAGACAGAGGCAGGCAGAUCUCUGUGAGUUCGAGACCAGCCUGGCCUACA